AUGACGCUCGUUCCGUUAUUCUCACGUAAUAACCUUCUUCAAAAAAAAAUUUUGAAAAAUCUCUCAGCUACAAAAAAGUUGAUACGCGAGUUUUCAUCAACUCGCACAGUUUCUCGUUCUUUGUUAAUUCCAGACUCUUCGCCUAACCAUGUCACCUUUUCUGAUGCUCCCUUCCUUGCCCGCACACAAUCAAAGGCUGUUUCAGACCCUGAGCUAGCGGCAUAUUUAAAGAGCAAAGGUCAUGAUCCUGCCACUGUUCAGACAACACAAGUCAACAUGUACCAGGCCAUUAAUGAUGCUCUUAAAACAGCUAUGGAAACUGACGAAACCGCCGUCCUUUUUGGCGAGGAUGUGGCUUUUGGAGGCGUGUUUCGCUGCUCAAUGGGACUUCAAGAGCGGUUUGGUGCUGAUCGAGUUUUUAACACCCCACUCUCAGAGCAAGGCAUUGUUGGUUUUGCGGUCGGAUAUGCAUCAAUGGAUGCAACUGCAAUUGCUGAAAUUCAGUUUGCUGAUUAUGUGUUCCCAGCUUUUGAUCAAAUAGUUAACGAAGCAGCCAAGUACCGGUAUCGAGGUGCUGGUUCAUACAAUGUGGGAGGAUUAACUAUUCGCAUGCCAUGCGGCGUAGUUGGUCAUGGUGCUAUGUACCAUUCACAGUCAGGUGAAGCCUUUUUUGCUCAUUCACCGGGAAUCAAGGUUGUGAUGCCACGAUCUCCGUCUCAAGCAAAGGGUCUACUGUUGGCAUCAAUCCGAGACAAAAAUCCCGUUAUUUUCAUGGAACCUAAAAUUUUAUACCGCGCAAGUGUUGAGCAUGUCCCCACAAUCGACUACGAGUUACCACUAGGCAAGGCUCAAGUUGUUCUUCCAGGAUCCGAUGUUACAAUAGUCACAUAUGGUACGCCAGUAUACCAUGCAUUAGCAGCUGCUGAGCUUGCGCGCAAGACUCUGAAUGGCGUUUCGGUAGAAGUUUUGGAUCUCCGGACAGUUCAUCCUUGGGACCGUGCUACCGUCACCGAAAGCGUAACCAAAACAGGUAGAGCCAUUGUAGUACAUGAGGCUCCAAAGACCAAUGGUCUCGCUGGAGAUAUUGCUGCUGAAAUUCAAGAAAGGUGCUUCUUGCGUCUUGAAGCUCCUGUCCAGCGCGUUACUGGUUGGGAUACACAUGUUCCUUUGCAAUUUGAAGACUUGGUUGUGCCUAAUGUUACUCGGAUCUUCCAUGCCAUUAAAAAGGUUAUUGAAUUUUAA